AAUACAAGACACGGUUUAGAAUAUAUUUAACCCUUUUAACUUCUACUACUAAUACUAUUACAAUCUCCACAUACAUCACUUACUUCCAUUUCAUCACACAAUGGGCUACUCUUGUUUCACACUACUCCUCUCGUUGGCCAUCUUCUUCUUCUCAUUCCGGCAGUCGUCGGCCGAUCUAAUUCGCCAGACGUGCAAGGCCACCAAGUACUACGACCUCUGCGUGUCGACGCUGAAAUCGGACUCCUCGAGCCCCAAGGCCGACGGCGCCAAGGCGCUGGCGCUAAUCGCGGUGAGGGCCGCGGCAGCCAACGCGACCGCCACCAACGCCUACCUGUCGGCGCAGAUGCUGAGCGCGGCCGCGAGCGACAUGAGAGCGGCGCUCAAGGAGUGCGCUGACAGGUAUGCGCUGGCUAGCGAGGCGCUCAAGAGCUCCUCGCUAGAUUUGAGCAACGAAAUGUACGAUUACGCGUACAUGCACGUGAUGGCGGCCGCGGACUAUCCGAGCGGGUGCCGUGGCGCCUUUAAAAGGGCGCCGGGGCUGCUCAUUCCCCCCGAGAUGGCUCUCCGGGAGGACGGCCUCAAGCGCAUCUGCGACGUCGUUUUGGGAAUCAUUGAUGCUCUAGCUUGAUUAGCUGCUACUGUUUCAAUUGUGCUUUUUAUGUUGAAUGUUUUGUAAUGUUGAGAAUAAAGUCAGAAGAUCUGCUACUUAAAUUAUGUAUUGUUUGACUGCUUUGAUUUAUUUAUUUAUUAUACCGGACCAUCAUUUUCA